GCGAGGGUUUCAAAAAAUCGUGGUCGUCCCGUGAAUUGGGACACCUAUAUAAAGAGCCAGAGGCCUCCAUUGUUGAUACGCUCAAUAACCAGUACAAAGCUUCAACAGCUCUCUCUCUCUAUCUCUACAGUUCUCUCGAUUUUCUCUCUCUAGAUUAUUACAAUGGCGUUCAAGAAAACCCUAGCCCAGCGUCUGUUCAACAUCUCCAAGGCGUCGACCCAAACCCUCAGAAACUGCCGGAUUUCGUCGUCGGCGGUCCACAUCCGACCCGCUUCCAAGCCUCGCGAGACGAGCAUCGCGCCCGACCCGGGUGACAAUGCCAUGUUCCGGAGGUUCCUCCACAAGACACCGUCGGCGGGAAAUUUCCAGAAGCCAGCGAUCUGGUCUUUGCCGAUGGGGGAAAACCUAAUGGAGAAGCUCAAAGUCAUGGCCAUUGGCCAGGAUCGGAUCCGAUUGGACGGUUUGGCUCCGCCGGAGCCCGAGCCGGAGAGCUUGCCGGUGGCAAAAUUGGGAUUGACGACGGAGGAAACAAAGAAGCUGCUAAGGGUGGCCCAGCUGGAGGCGGUGAAAUUGAAGCUUCGAGAAGUCCGGAAAAGCUGGGUAUCGUAUUCGGAGUUUGUUCGGAUCUGCAGGGAAAGCUGCGAGGAUCCGGAUAUGGGUCUGGGGUUUGCGAAAUCGCUGGACGAAAACGGCUCCGUCAUCGUAUUGGGAAAUUCCGUUUGUUUGAAGCCCGAACAGGUAGCCAAAGCAAUUCAAGAACUAUUUCCCAUUCCAGGAACACCACCCGACUCCGAUGACCCCAGAAUUAGGGAAUUGGAAGACAUGGAGAGGCACAAGUUUGAGAUAGACCGAAAGGCCAAGUCCCUUGUCCGAAAGGAGCUUUGGUGCGGUCUUGGCUUUUUGGUUGUCCAAACAGCCGGAUUCAUGAGGCUCACGUUCUGGGAGCUCUCAUGGGACAUCAUGGAACCCAUCUGCUUCUACGUUACUUCAAUGUAUUUCAUGGCUGGAUACGCCUUCUUCCUCAGGACGUCGAUAGAGCCCUCUUUCGAAGGGUUUUACCAUAGCCGGUUUCAGGCUAAGCAGAAGCGCCUCAUGAAGCUUGAGAAUUUCGACGUCGGAAGGUAUGACGAGCUUCGUAAAGCAUGUUAUCCGUACUCGUCGGAUUCAUCGGAAAUGACCCCGACAACUGCUUUUGAUGGGGCGAAGAGGAAGCAAUUUGGUUCAGUACAUUAGUUAAAAGAAAAAAAUAUAAAAGUAAUAGAAGAAGAAAAACAACAAUAUAAUUGAUUGGAAAACCACAAUUUUGUUUUAACACCCCUUCCCUUCCCCGCAAAUUUAACUUUACAAAUUUAGUCACCGGCUUUAUGUAAACAAUGAUGUUGAGAGUGUUUAGGUUAUCAGUUCAUGAUUUACAAGUUACUACCAUGAAAUUGAAGUUUUUGAAAACUUUUUUUUAA